AUGUCCGUAAAGGCGAUGCACUUCGAAAUCGUGAGUGAUUUAUCAACGGAUGGAUUUCUUGCAGCGUUGCGACGAUUCGCAGCUAGACGCGAAUUACCGCAACAUGUAUAUUCUGACAACGGAACGAAUUUCAUUGGCGCGGAUAAUCAAUUAAAGGAGUUAUACGCUUUGAUCAAUUCCAACGAACAUAAAGAUCGUGUAAAUAAAUUCGCGAGCGAUCAUCGAAUAAUAUGGCACUUUAUACCACCGGCGGCGCCGCAUUUCGGAGGAUUAUGGGAAUCUUGCGUUAAGCUCUUUAAACAUUAUUUUAAGCGCAUAGUAGGCAAUUUGUUAUUUACUCUCGAAGAGUUAUAUACCCUUGUCACUGAGAUAGAAGGUAUUCUAAACUCUCGGCCAAUCACUACUAUUUCCUCUGAUCCGAACGACCUACUAGUGUUAUCGCCAGCUCAUUAUUUGAUCGGUAAACCUCUAACAACUCUCCCGGAGAGCGAUCUGUCGUUUGUUCCAGCUAAUAGGCUUUCGACGUGGCAGCACAUAAGCAAGGUUCGGCAGAAUUUCUGGGCGCGCUGGAGUCUUGAAUAUCUGAACGAGCUUCAAGUGCGCAGCAAAUGGAUCAAGGAAGGACCGAAAAUCGAUAUCGCAACCAUUGUCUUAAUCAAAGACAAAAAUACGCCAUGUACCCGAUGA